UGAGAUUUUUGACUUUCAAUAUUCAUUAUAUAUAUUUUUGUACUAAAAAAUCACAAUAAUGUUGGCCGGUGCCGGAUUCUUAACCGUUAUACUUUUGCUGCCAGCUCACGCUGUGACGCUGGGCACCUCUGUCGAGCAUAUUGGCCUGCUGAUUGGCCUUGCUAACAGCUGUACAGUGAUGGGAUCCAUUCUCCUUCAUCACUUUGUCAAGGCCUACGGUCACCUGAAUGGAAUGGUCUUAAUCCACAUGAUUGCCUGCCUAGCAACAAGCCUCAUAUGGUUUUCAGCAAACACCUACAACGCCCUGAGUCUCUUUACCGUAGUAUUCUGCAUGUCCGCAGGCUCCAUUGUCCCCAUGUACCCGAUGGGACAGUUGGAGACUAAGGAUAAGGAAAGCUGGUUGUUGGGUGGCGCACAGGUGGUCAAAUGGGCUACUCUCACUACUGCGGUUGCUAUCCCUCUACUUAAGGUGUUCUAUAUUGAUUGGGCCAUGUUUUAUUUGACCUCGCAUUGGAUUAAGCCCGCAAUAUUUUUGGUCACCGCUGGUUUUGAGGUUUCCUUGUCGCCUCAUUUCAGGGCUAGACUGUAG